GGUACUUUCAUAGGAUCACUGCACUCGCUGUUUGACAAAUUCAAGAAAAGGAGUACUACCGUAGAAACCUUUGAUCGUCGCUGCUUCUUUCGGGAAUACUCUUUAGAGAGAGAGAGAGAGAGAGCGCGCGAAGAUGGUGACUUCACCAGUGGUGAACACGUAUCCUCUCUCGAGCUACACUUUCGGGACGAAGGAACCAAAGAUGGAGAAAGAUACUUCUGUCGCAGAUCGCCUCGCUCGCAUGAAACUCAACUAUAUGAAAGAAGGCAUGAGGACCAGCGUUGAAGCAAUUCUACUGGUGCAAGAGCAUAAUCAUCCUCACAUUCUUCUUUUGCAAAUUGGAAACACCUUUUGCAAGCUCCCCGGUGGCCGUUUGAAGCCUGGAGAAAAUGAAAUUGAAGGCUUGCAAAGGAAAUUGUCAAGCAAACUUGGUGCUAAUUCUCCUUCAUUGCAGCCUAAUUGGCAGAUUGGUGAGUGUGUGGCUAUCUGGUGGAGGCCAAACUUUGAAACUAUAAUGUACCCCUAUUGCCCUCCGCAUAUCACAAAGCCUAAGGAGUGUAAGAAGCUUUUUGUCGUUCACUUGUCUGAAAGAGAAUACUUUGCAGUACCCAAAAAUUUGAAACUGCUGGCUGUUCCCCUGUUUGAACUCUAUGACAAUGUUCAGAGAUAUGGGCCGGUUAUAUCAACAAUUCCACAGCAGCUUUCCAGGUUCCAUUUCAAUAUGAUGCAAUCGUGAAACAAGGUGCUUGCAAGUGUUUGGCGGUGGAAGUUUUAGAACAUCAUGUAUCCAUUUCGAUUAAGGACUAUCCUGGUUAGAAGACAGGCUAAUUGCUCAAGCUAAUGCAACAUAGGUUUGUAGUUUGCUGCCGCAUCUACUAUGUGGCCUCAAAGAGUUGUAGUUCCAAUUUACCUGCAGAAACAAGAUCAUAGGAGGCUUCCGUAUGUUUCCCGUUCAUGAGAGUUGGGUUGAGUUUUUUUAUGGAUUUUAGGUUUAAUGAUGGGUUGGGUGUGCCUGUUUUUCGUUCACGAGAGUUGGCUUGUGUUUUGCUUCUAAGUUUGUGGAAACAGAAGAAGCAUACCUUGAAAACUGUCUCUGUUUGAUUUCUGAUCAAUGUGUCAGCCUGUUAGGUAUUUGCUUUUCUAAUGUUCAGUUUUCUGGCAGCUACUCUAUUUUGCAGAAGAUUAGGGAAAUGAAGUUAGAUGGUGCAAUUUCUGCGGCUUUAUUAAAA